ACGCCCGCCCUGGUUUUUGAACACGUCAACAACACAGAUUUCAAGCAAUUGUACCAGACGCUCUCCGAUUUUGACAUUCGGUUCUACAUGUACGAGAUCCUCAAGGCACUGGAUUACUGUCACAGCAUGGGCGUCAUGCAUCGAGAUGUCAAACCGCACAACGUCAUGAUCGACCAUGAGCACAGAAAGCUGCGCCUGAUCGACUGGGGGCUGGCGGAGUUCUACCACCCUGGGCAGGAAUACAACGUGCGGGUGGCCUCCCGGUACUUCAAGGGACCAGAGCUCUUGGUGGAUUAUCAGAUGUACGACUACAGCCUGGACAUGUGGAGCCUGGGCUGCAUGCUGGCCAGCAUGAUCUUCCGGAAAGAGCCCUUCUUCCACGGCCAUGACAACUACGACCAGCUCGUGCGCAUCGCCAAAGUGCUGGGGACGGAAGAUCUGUACGACUACAUCGACAAGUACAACAUCGAGCUGGACCCCCGCUUCAAUGACAUCAUCGGCAGACACUCGCGGAAGCGGUGGGAGCGCUUCGUACACAGCGAGAACCAGCACCUCGUCAGCACCGAAGCCCUCGAUUUUUUGGACAAGCUGCUGCGUUAUGACCACCAGACACGCCUCACUGCCCGCGAUGCCAUGGAGCACCCCUAUUUCUAUCCCAUAGCGAAAGACCCGGCGAGGAUCGGCCCCUCGGCUGGGCUCGCGGCCAGUAACACGCCCGUCAGCUCCUCCAGUAUGUUGGCGG